UCAUCUUCAAGCCGGACGAGUAAACUACGUUUCCCGGCGUGCCCCGCGGUGGAUCCCCGCUUCCUGUGGACGUGUCGCUCCGGAAGAGGAGAGGGUUAGACCAGAGCGAGAUGGCUCCUCCGGCUCCUGGCCUGGCCUCCGGCGGCUCUGGGGAAGUGGACGAGCUGUUCGAUGUGAAGAACGCCUUCUACAUCGGCAGCUACCAGCAGUGCAUCAACGAGGCGCAGAGGGUGAAGCCUUCAAGUCCAGAGAGAGAUGUGGAAAGGGACGUCUUCCUAUACAGAGCGUACCUCGCACAGAGGAAGUAUGGCGUGGUCCUGGAUGAGAUCAAGCCUUCCUCAGCCCCUGAGCUCCAGGCUGUGCGCAUGUUUGCAGAGUACCUGUCCAGCGACAGCCAGAGGGACACAAUCGUAGCCGAGCUGGACCGAGAGAUGAGUAGGAGUGUGGAUGUGACCAACACUACCUUCCUGCUGAUGGCUGCCUCCAUCUACUUCCAUGACCAGAACCCAGACGCUGCCCUACGUGCCCUGCACCAGGGGGACAGCCUGGAGUGCAUGGCCAUGACUGUGCAGAUCCUGCUGAAGCUGGACCGCGUGGACCUCGCCCGGAAGGAGCUAAAGAAAAUGCAAGACCAAGACGAGGACGCCACCCUCACCCAGCUGGCCACUGCCUGGGUCAACCUAGCCGUGGGUGGUGAAAAGCUACAGGACGCCUACUACAUUUUCCAGGAGAUGGCUGACAAGUGCUUGUCCACUCUGCUGCUGCUCAAUGGGCAGGCGGCUUGCCACAUGGCCCAGGGCCGCUGGGAGGCCGCCGAGGGCGUGCUACAAGAGGCACUGGACAAGGACAGCGGCCAUCCAGAGACGCUGGUUAACCUCAUCGUCCUGUCUCAGCACCUGGGCAAGCCACCUGAGGUGACAAACCGCUACCUGUCCCAGCUGAAGGACGCACACAGGUCCCACCCCUUCAUCAAGGAGUACCAGGCCAAGGAAAAUGACUUUGAUCGGCUACUACUGCAAUAUACCCCCAGCGCCUGAGGUCGGCCCCAGAUGCAGUUUCCUCAGUGGGAAGAUGAGGCCCAGCCGUGCUGCCCUCCCCACUGGGCACUCACCUUCGUCUUUUCUUCCUCUCUUUGGCCAGAGGCAGAGGCUGGAAGCCCAGCCCUCUUCUGUCAAUAAACGUCUCCACUCUGGGUAUCCCCAUAUGAA